CUUGAGCUGAAUCGGUUUGUGGGUACUAACCUCAUAAAUGUCUCUACUUUUUAUUACAUUUUGAAUGGAUAAAUACAAGUGAUGCUUGAAAGGAACUGUGCGUUGAAUUUCAUCUUCCAAGCUGGAUGGACAGAAGUGCUAACCUUUAGCAAACCUACGCGUAUUCGUAUUGUCCUGAAAAUCCAGCAAUGAACGAGAACGAUACCAUCUGCGUGGAAAAUGCCACAAUUUGCAAUGGCACAUCAUGCCUGCUCCCUCCUGACAACUUCAACUAUAUACUUAACCUAGUAUUAAGCACCGUGAUUACUAUCUUGUUGGCGCUGGUCAUGUUUUCUUUGGGAUGCAGCGUGGAGUUUCAAAAGUUUUGGGGUCAUUUUAGACGUCCCUGGGGUAUAGUAGUCGGUUUUCUUUGUCAGUUUGGAAUAAUGCCAAUCACAGGCUUUGUGCUAUCAUUAGUGUUCGACAUCUUACCAAUUCAAGCUGUAGUAGUCCUUAUCAUGGGAUGCUGUCCAGGAGGGACAGGAUCCAACAUCUUGGCAUUCUGGAUUGAUGGAGACAUGGAUUUAAGUUUAAGUAUGACAACAAGUUCAACAUUGUUUGCAUUGGGUAUGAUGCCGCUGUGUCUCUUUAUUUACACGAAAAAAUGGGUUAACUCAAACUCCAUAGUAAUUCCCUACGACAGCAUUGGAAUUUCUUUAGCAACACUUGUCAUUCCUGUUGGUAUUGGGAUGUUUGUUAAUUAUAAGUGGCCCAGACAGGCAAAGAUCAUUCUAAAGAUUGGCUCUAUCACAGGAGGCAUUCUCAUUGUGACCAUUGCUGUCAUUGGUGGAGUUCUUUACAAGGGUUCUUGGGCUAUUGAUCCUAAAUUGUGGAUUAUUGGAACGAUAUUUCCAGUUGUUGGCUUUGUGGUUGGAUUCAUUUUGGCUUCCUUAUCUAAUCUGUCAUGGAGCAGAUGUCGGACGGUGUCACUGGAAACGGGCAUGCAAAACACACAGUUGUGUUCAACCAUAGUCCAGCUCUCCUUUCCACCUGACCAACUUGCAAAAGUUUUCACUUUCCCACUAAUCUACAGUAUUUUUCAAAUCCUGAUCGCUGUUUUAUUUUUAAUUGCCUACCGAAUUUAUAAAAGGCUUUGUAAGAAUAAAGAAGAAAGCCAAGAAGAAUCCCCCUAUGCGGUAACAAAUGGUGGAUUCCAACUUGACUCGAAAACAAACUGAUACUUGACAGAUAGACACUAGAGAAGAAUAUGAGGUCAUAACGUAUACAUGGAGGAGUUGUGUAUGUUGCAAUAUCAAAUGUAUACUAUAGGAUCUGUAUAUAUAAAUAUAUGUACCUAAAUACACACAUAUAUAUGUAAAUACUAAUAUUGGAUAUACAUAUUUUACAUUUAUAAGACUGAACGUAUAUAGUCUAAAAAAAAGUGUUUAUAGAUAUUUUUGUAGCUAGAAUAUCAUAAAAAAGGCAACAGGAAAAAUAAUAGUUUCUGAAAUGUAAGGUUGGGUCAGGUUCUCCAUAUUAUAUGUCCCCACCUUCAUGUUAAACUGGCACUCUGACCAUUAAUGGGUGGAAGAAGCAGAGCUCUAAAUAACCCAUAUGUCCACUUGUUUGUUUCCCAUGGUCACCCCGUGACACUUGUACUCUAGGGCAGUGGUCUCCAAGGGACACUAACUGGGCAAGAUAUAGUAAUUGCCGCAUUUUGUUCCAAUGAGGAGAUUAAAAAACUGGGCUGCUGGUUUGCCUUGAGGACCAGGUUAAGAACCACUGUGGGUACCAUGCCUUAUUUAACGUAUUCAUAAGCACUGACCAGAGGGGUGUCUUGAUACACAACAGGAUGUCUGAUUUAGUCUGACUUGCAGACAUGUAUGUAUCAUUUCUUGUUGACCAC